ACAUACGAAACAUAUAUUCCUUCUCAAAACAAAAUCCUAUUAGCUAACUCUAGUACCAAAACAUUUCAACAUUUACCCAAAUUGGAUACCUAAAUAAAGUUGUAGAUACACGUCAUCAAUUUGAUCAUAACGUUAUCGGUAGGUCUCUGCUGUCUCUGUCACAAUCUUAGGUAUCGUUAAAAGAUAAAUAUUAAGUGGACAACUUUAACGAAAAAACACAAAAAAGUUGAUUGGACAACGUUACUAUCCAGUUUUUAGCGUGUUAUCCAACCCAUAGAAAAUUUAUCUCUCUGUAUUCCCAUAAUCCUCGUAGAUUUUGGUCAUCACUAGUCAUUUAUUUACAAAAAUAGGUUAAAAAUGUCAUUGCGUAAAAAAAAAAGAAGACUUAAUCUUACAUUAUUUCCCUUUUAAUUAUUAAAAUCCGCCGAGAAAAGUUUCACCAUCAAUGCGUAACUGAAAAUCGACGAAUCAAAGCUAUAAUACACUUAAACGGAUCAUCAUCAUCAUCAUCGUUGUCAUGAUCAUCACUGCCGUAUUUAUAGAAACCAACAAAAACAUGAAAGAGCCCACUCAUUUUUCCUAUUUUUCGCUUUGCGUGCCUUCUUAUCAACUUGUAAACAAAGCUACAAAUAUCUUUAAAUAAGGACCCAACUCUUUUUCAAUUCCUCCCAUCAAUCUUCUUCAUUUGUUCUUCUGUUGGUGGUGGUGAUCUAGUUUUCAAAGAAUCGAUUUUGCCAAGUGGGUUCUUCUUGAUAACCUUUCUUCUUCUUUGAAAUGGGUUCUUCUGUGGAGCAGAACAUUCUUGUUACUGGUGGUGCUGGCUUUAUCGGGACGCAUACUGUUGUUCAACUUCUCAAAGAUGGUUUUAAGGUUUCGAUCAUCGAUAAUUUUGAUAACUCUGUUAUCGAAGCUGUUGAUAGAGUUAGGGAGCUUGUUGGUCCUGAUCUCUCCAAGAAGCUCGACUUCAAUCUGGGUGAUCUAAGAAACAAAGGGGACAUUGAGAAACUAUUCUCCAAGCAGAGAUUUGAUGCUGUGAUUCAUUUUGCGGGUCUUAAAGCUGUGGGUGAGAGUGUUGAAAACCCUCGCCGCUACUUUGACAAUAACUUGGUUGGAACAAUCAAUCUAUAUGAGACCAUGGCAAAGUACAACUGCAAAAUGAUGGUGUUUUCAUCUUCUGCCACUGUUUAUGGACAACCUGAAAAGAUUCCAUGCAUGGAAGACUUUGAAUUAAAGGCUAUGAAUCCUUAUGGUCGUACUAAGCUCUUUCUUGAAGAAAUAGCUAGAGAUAUUCAAAAGGCAGAACCGGAAUGGAGAAUUAUUCUGCUGAGGUACUUCAAUCCUGUAGGAGCACAUGAGAGUGGCAGUAUUGGUGAGGAUCCAAAAGGCAUCCCCAAUAACCUCAUGCCUUACAUCCAACAAGUGGCCGUUGGACGUUUACCGGAACUCAAUGUCUAUGGACAUGACUAUCCCACCGAGGAUGGUAGUGCGGUAAGAGACUACAUCCAUGUGAUGGAUUUAGCAGAUGGCCAUAUCGCUGCGCUCAGGAAGCUAUUUGCUGAUCCAAAGAUUGGUUGUACUGCUUACAAUCUAGGGACUGGUCAAGGAACGUCUGUGUUAGAAAUGGUUGCAGCUUUUGAAAAAGCUUCCGGCAAGAAAAUCCCGAUUAAGCUCUGUCCGAGAAGGUCAGGAGAUGCAACAGCAGUUUAUGCUUCAACAGAGAAGGCUGAGAAAGAACUUGGCUGGAAGGCAAAAUAUGGAGUGGAUGAGAUGUGCAGAGAUCAGUGGAAAUGGGCAAACAAUAAUCCAUGGGGUUACCAGAAUAAGCUUUGAAUUUACUUCUUUUGUUUGGAGUUACCAUUUCUAAUUACUCAAAUCUAAAAGAAAGAAAUAUACAUACAUAUGAUGAUAUAGUUGUGCUUUAUAUUCCACAUGUAUCGAACUGAUCUCUUACUUCGAUGAAUAAAAUGGAAAGUUGAUUUGAUUGAAUUUUUAGUUUUCUUUCACUGAAUAAAAAGGCUUGUUCAAUGG